CAGGGGAGAGUGGAUAUAGUGAAUGCAGGAUCCGGGGAGACCAGAUAUAGUGAAUGCAGGGUCUGGGAGAGCAGAUAUAGUGAAUGCAGGGUCCGGGGACACCAGAUAUAGUGAAUGCAGGGUCCGGGAAGAGUGGAUAUAGUGAAUGCAGGUCCGGGGAGAGCGGAUAUAGUGAAUGCAGGGUGGGGAGAGCAGAUAUAGUGAAUGCAGGGUCCGGGGAGAGUGGAUAUAGUGAAUGCGGGGUCCGGGGAGACCAGAUAUAGUGAAUGCAGGGUCUGUGGAGAGCGGAUAUAGUGAAUGCAGGUGAAUGCAGGGUCCGAUAUAGUGAAUGCAGGGUCUGUGGAGAGCGGAUAUAGUGAAUGCA